AGGCAAACAAAUUAUUAUUUAGCUCAAGGAAGAGGCAUCAGGCGUACCGUCACCUUAUUCGAUAGUAUCGAAGACCUCGUCGCUGAAAAUGACAGAAGAUACGAUGACAACGACGACACAGCUACUAUCGAUCAAGAACGGCUGCAAAUAGGAUACGAUAUCCUAAUAAGAACUUUGCCGUGGUUGCUGAAGACGUCCUCCAACGUGGAGCAUGACGAUUACACCCGCAUGCUCAAAAUGCUUAGGCAGGGGGCUGAUGGAGCUCAAGGCGACGAUACAUCGAAACUGAAGACUCUUAUUGCUGACUGGGUCAAUCGUGAACUCAAACUGAAUACCCCAGUGGACCCUGACGACAAACAUUCUCGCGGAUUCAUCAGCAAUGCGUGUGGCAAGUUACUCUGCCUGGCUGAGCUUGAUUGGAAUAGCCCAGUGUACGUAGUGCAUUCGGAAACCUCAAGCAACACUAACUGUUAUAUUGUGACGGACCUCUCCUUUCCGGCCUUCUUGUAUGAGAAGUAUACUGCCAAUCUUGACAAUUUGGAGGAAGGCCUUUUUAAGGGCAAAAUCUUGGUGCAGGGCUAUAAAGCUGUCUUCACGUCUCCCUCCUCAGCAAAAAACAUUGAGGGUGAUGGUGAUGGUGCUGACGUCAUUGAGAACAAUAGACGUACUAAAACAGCCUUGGGAAUCAAGGUCAAGAAACAUGUACGAUUUGCGCUUUCUUCUGUCACGUCGUGGCGGACUGUCGACGGCAACUUCAACUACGUACAGUUCUGGUGGUCCAUCGUGGAUUUCUUCGAACGGCCUCCUGGUCGAGAAGCACAGCGUAGGGUCAACAGACUCCUUGAGUGGUGGACUAGGAAAGUUUUCGGUAGGAGCCGCCGUGAGGAUCUAAGUGAUGCGGCGAGGUCCACCAUGUCUGUCAAUGCUCUUGCAAGGCAGAGAGCACAACUCAAUGACGCUGCUUUUGAUUUAAACUAG